AUGGUGGACGCAGCUACCAUCGUCUCACUUAUAAUCGCCAUCAUCGCCUUCGUUGUCUCCGUCGGACAAGCUCUCCAGCAGUACAUCUCCACAGCUGAAGGCUAUCGAAAGUGCGCCGAGUCGGUCGUCGGACCAUGGGUGAAAUACAGAAAGCGAGUCUUCAAUGCAUCAGAGCUGCGCUUUGCAGUUAACUUCAAGACGCCCGUCUUUUUCGUAGCUCGACCGAGCAACGAUCGAGGACCAAUCGCAGGCAAGCCGAUCAAUGUCGAUGGCACAGACAUAAGCCGGGCAGAUACCCUGACCUGGACGCCUAAGAACGAAAAGGCUCUCGAUCCGAACAAGGAGCCUUCUAGAUUGAACUACCGACUUUCGACGGCUGACGAUGAGCGUGCAACUUGGGUUACACUUCUGGCUCAAUUACAGAAGUCAGAGCAGGACUCGAGGAAGUGGGACGAGGAGGAGAGGUUGAGAACUCCUCCUAAACAAGCACAAUGCGCAGUGCCGGACUAUUCGAUGAUUGUUCAACUACAAGGACGAAAUCGAAACUGGGACUUCAUGCCAGAGUCUGUACUACGCCCGUACGCCACUUCAACCACCAGCCAUAUUGCAGAAAUGUGUGUGAUGUUAGGCUUGUCCUGGGUGACCUUCGAUAUCGACAACGCGAAUCUCCAAGCGUCAGGGAAUGGAUUCGCCUUGUCAUCGUCAAUCGUACAGGGCUUCGGGAUCGUGGUGUCUUUCCACGUCGUUGGCCGUUCAGAAUUUGGCAGAGAUCGCAUAAUACCUUCUUACGAUAUCAAAGACAUCUUGUUCGGCACCGUUCCAAUCAUCUUCAGAGAUCCAAAUGCCAGAGGAGAUGGUGUCGACAAUCGCAAAAGCUUGAACUUUGGGGAUGAUACCGCGAUCCGGCGAACGAUGAAGUACUUGAAGUUGAGACAGGCCAGCAUUCGGAAAUACGCGCAGGUGGAGAGGAACAUCCGAUCAGCGGACUUCGAUCUCAUUGCCAUGCUGGGAGAUGUCUUCCGCUUACGGGGUAGUAACUUCAGGAUGUUGCCGAAUCCAACUCGGACCCCUUGGAUCGAUACGUUCUCCGCCUGCGCACUCAUGACUGAGUUCCAGGAGAACGUACGCAAAUUCGAAGACCAGGGCUAUCCGUCAGCACAAACACAUUUCAUCCGCGGCAAGUGGAAGGAGCGCCUGGCUGACGUGUGGAAAGCAAACGAGAGAGAUAUCGACAUCGAGAUGAGGGAAGCUGUCCACGAUGUGAUUGACUCGUGCACCAAGUACCUAAUCGAGGAGUGCGGCGAAGCUGCUGUGAUUCCUCUGGUAAACGCACACAUCACAGCGAUUCUUGAUGAGCUGGAUAGGCCGGACUCGGUUCUCAGUACCUUGGAAAGUGACAACGAAGAAGCGCUCAUGGAACAUUAUUUCAACAAGAUACGUAAAGAUGUGAUGGAACAUAUCUCCUCGCAGGAUUCGAUAAGCCCGACUAUGAGGAGACCUUCAGCUGUUCGGACGAUGGUGCCGCCGCAGGGCAUAUGGUUGAUUCUGAUGUUUCGAUUGUGUUGCUGGUGGGUGCUGCACGAGUUCGACCAGACAGACACGAAGGUGCUUGAUCCGAGGUGGAAGGGAUCGAGGUUGCCAGUGAUGAUUUUGUAA